AUGGCGAAAUUUCUGGAACCUAAUACUUUGGUCGAAAAAACACAUGACGUUAAGGAAAUAACUUUGUUAUGUAAAAUUGUGUCACAGUUUGUUGAAGUUCUUAUUGUGACGAUGGGGGAUAAAGGAGUUAUAACAGUUACAAAAAAUAUUAAUAAUAAAAAUGAAACUCAUAACAAAAUUCUCGAAGUACGCAGUUACACGGUACAUAAAUUGAACAAUGUUGAUAAUGUAUCCGGUGCGGGUGACUGUUUUGCCAGUGGGUUUGUUCAUGGUGUUUUAUUGGGUUAUUCCGAACCAUAUUGCGUAUCUUUAGGAUUCGAAGCAGCUAAAUCAGCGUUAUUAUGCGAAAGCACAGUGCCACCUGAAUUUCAAAUUCCCUCAAAUAUGAUAGAUAGGUUGUGA